GUGUGUGUGUGUGUCGACUGAACCAAGGGGAAACAAACCCCAGCCCUCAAGUUCUACAAAUUCAGCAAAUUGAAGGAGAAUUCUUGGUCCAAAUCAUUGCAUGUUCACAUAAAAACGAUCAUCUAAGCUAGACAAACGAAUGGAAUAAAAGAAGAAAGUUCAAGUCAAUCCGGGUCGCAAGCGAAGGACGGUAAAGAUGGCAAGUGGAGGAAACACGGAUAACACGGAACAUAUAACUCGGAACGAGUUAAACAAGAUGAUCUCGGAUGAAGUAACGAGGGUAAUUGAUGCAAAUGUUUCCAAGCUAGCACAAGAGGUGGAGGGCCAAGUACUUAGUACGGUAGAAAAUAUGAUCACGGGCAAGGUGGAUGAAUUGAAGGAAAUGAUAGCUGGAAUUCAAGGCAAGAAAGAGGCAAGACGGUGCACCUACAAGGAUUUUAUGGCAUGUAAGCCUACGACCUUUGACGGGGAAAUCGACCCCAUAGAAUGCCAAAGAUGGAUAGCUAACAUGGAAGGGGUAUUCAUUCGGAGUCAUUGUGACAAGGAAGACCAAGUCAUGUUUGCCACGGGGCAACUCAUGCGAAGGGCUAAAGAUUGGUGGGACUCGUAUAGUAAGGAGAUUGGAGAAAAUCGAGUUCAAACCUUGACUUGGCAAGAAUUCAAACAGCCUUUUAUCAAGUACCAUUGUCCACAAUCGGCUGUGGAUCGAAUUCAAGAAGAUUUUCUCCGGUUGCGACAAAGGGAUGAAUCAGUUAACGAAAUCACGAACACUUUCCUCGAUCAACUGAAGUUUUGUGAAGAAAUAGUUGGAACAGAAAGGAAGAAGAUUAUUCGUUAUCAUGGCAUGCUCAAAGCUGAAAUACGGGAGUUCAUAACUCCUUCAAAAUGUGAAACGUUGGACGAGAUCAUUGAUUUAGCAAGGGAUAGAGAAAUCGAGAUAAAGAGACAAGAUGAACGUGGGGAGAAAAGGCAAGCCGAGAAGGGGUCAACUCAAGGCUCAUCUAAGAAACCCAAAACGCAAGAUCAAGGAAAGAAGGAAGCUUCCAAAGGCGGGUUCCCACGAUGCAAAACAUGUGGAAAACCCCAUUCCGGUGAGUGCUUAUUGGGAAGGAAGGGGUGUUACAAUUGCGGGUAAGAAGGACAUCCGUACUACAACUGUCCGAAUCCCAAAAGGGUGUGCUACAAUUGUAAUGAAUCGGGCCAUGUGAAAGCCGAUUGCCCAAAGCUCAAACAAGGGCCGAAGAAAGAAGGAAAGAAAGAAGAAACCGCGAAAGCGAAAGGAAGAAUGUUUCAAAUCUCCGCGGAAGAAGCAAGAGCUCACCCGAAUGUGGUCUCAGGAAUAAAAGAAGAAAGUUCAAGUCAAUCCGGGUCGCAAGCGAAGGACGGUAAAGAUGGCAAGUGGAGGAAACACGGAUAACACGGAACAUAUAACUCGGAACGAGUUAAACAAGAUGAUCUCGGAUGAAGUAACGAGGGUAAUUGAUGCAAAUGUUUCCAAGCUAGCACAAGAGGUGGAGGGCCAAGUACUUAGUACGGUAGAAAAUAUGAUCACGGGCAAGGUGGAUGAAUUGAAGGAAAUGAUAGCUGGAAUUCAAGGCAAGAAAGAGGCAAGACGGUGCACCUACAAGGAUUUUAUGGCAUGUAAGCCUACGACCUUUGACGGGGAAAUCGACCCCAUAGAAUGCCAAAGAUGGAUAGCUAACAUGGAAGGGGUAUUCAUUCGGAGUCAUUGUGACAAGGAAGACCAAGUCAUGUUUGCCACGGGGCAACUCAUGCGAAGGGCUAAAGAUUGGUGGGACUCGUAUAGUAAGGAGAUUGGAGAAAAUCGAGUUCAAACCUUGACUUGGCAAGAAUUCAAACAGCCUUUUAUCAAGUACCAUUGUCCACAAUCGGCUGUGGAUCGAAUUCAAGAAGAUUUUCUCCGGUUGCGACAAAGGGAUGAAUCAGUUAACGAAAUCACGAACACUUUCCUCGAUCAACUGAAGUUUUGUGAAGAAAUAGUUGGAACAGAAAGGAAGAAGAUUAUUCGUUAUCAUGGCAUGCUCAAAGCUGAAAUACGGGAGUUCAUAACUCCUUCAAAAUGUGAAACGUUGGACGAGAUCAUUGAUUUAGCAAGGGAUAGAGAAAUCGAGAUAAAGAGACAAGAUGAACGUGGGGAGAAAAGGCAAGCCGAGAAGGGGUCAACUCAAGGCUCAUCUAAGAAACCCAAAACGCAAGAUCAAGGAAAGAAGGAAGCUUCCAAAGGCGGGUUCCCACGAUGCAAAACAUGUGGAAAACCCCAUUCCGGUGAGUGCUUAUUGGGAAGGAAGGGGUGUUACAAUUGCGGGUAAGAAGGACAUCCGUACUACAACUGUCCGAAUCCCAAAAGGGUGUGCUACAAUUGUAAUGAAUCGGGCCAUGUGAAAGCCGAUUGCCCAAAGCUCAAACAAGGGCCGAAGAAAGAAGGAAAGAAAGAAGAAACCGCGAAAGCGAAAGGAAGAAUGUUUCAAAUCUCCGCGGAAGAAGCAAGAGCUCACCCGAAUGUGGUCUCAGGAAUAAAAGAAGAAAGUUCAAGUCAAUCCGGGUCGCAAGCGAAGGACGGUAAAGGUAAAGCAACUUGCUAAAUGGCGUCGCUUGGAUCGAACACCCUCAUGAUGCACGCUUCCGCAAGGAUAUUAGCUUCGGUUAAAACUUUUGUUAAAUGUACUUUUUGGUAAAACGGGUCUUUUGUAAGUAACAAAACUUGGUCGUUGUUAGUGGUCGAACUCGUAGUCGAAGACAAUGUUAGUUAUGUAUCAAAUGUUGGGUUGUAAGCUAUUUUAAUAUCUCCUAGUUAAUUAUGCUAUGGUAAAAUGCAGAAUUUUCAUUUA